CGAUCGAUCCACUUCCACGUAAAUCAAUCCCAAAGCCAACGACCAUCCCUCGCUGUUCCAGCAUGCGAAUGGUUCGUUCCACUUCGAUUGCGUUACCUUCAUUACAGUGUCCCUGGUGACAGCAUCGUGUUCCAAAGGACGACACAAAUUGAAUCCCUCCCGAACUGCUUCCUUCCACGGUUCGUUGAGAUGCAAUAGGGUGGCACUCACUAACGCCUUGGAAUUAACAUCUCAAUAAGGAUCGACGCCACGCCAGGCCACGCUCUCUACUCAGACGAGGGGAAAAUCCAAGAGGUAGGCACACGGGGAGAUGCUAAAAGUAAUUAAUUUCCCUGGGCCUCUUUCGUUCUAACUGAAUUUUAUUUGCAACAUGCUAUCUUUGGACCCGGUCAUCGAGAGAUUCAAGCACUUUUCCAAUUUAUCAGGUGUUGGCACACAAGCCUGGUGAUUGGAAUGUUAAACCAACAAACCGUCUCCCCUAAUGACUCCAUUUCAGCGAUCGAGGGCGUCCCUUGUUUUGGGCGGAAAAUUGGGCAAGAAUAAAAUAGUAUCGAUAGCACUACUAACUUUAUCCGAGCAUCUAGAACACAUAAACCUAGCAGCAGCAGCAUACGGCUGUGUAAAUGGUCCCAUGCAUGAACUAGAGGCAAUAACUUGCCGGGCCACCACCAGGCGACACCCCACCCCACGAGAUGUGUAAGGUAGUAGUUUUAGCUGUGAUAACGAGACGACGACGUCGAUGGCGAUGAGUUCGUGCGAGUGCUGCUGUUGCGGAUAGCCAACAGGGCACUCAUAGCUCUAGAUAAUUGUUGUUUAUAGAACGCAGCGAUUAGAGCGCAGUGCUGCGAUCGCGCAAAAGUAAAGAAACAAAAUAAUACAACAAAAAAACAAACAAAACAAGAAAACCAAAUACGAAAAACCUACAUUACCAGUAGAACUGUGGACAAUAAUGUUAUUACAGGAUGCGUGUGGUAGAGAUGCAUACCUUGCGUGUGGUAGGAUAGCCAUCUUCCGCUUCAACACCCUCCAAAAAAUAUCCCAAAACGCGCGCGCAACAGAAUUGCUGGAAGAUUAGACGUGGAUGCGAGAGAGAGAGAGAGAGAGAGAGAGAGCGAGAUUGUAUUUUAUCCAAAGAGUCUAAACAGGUUGGAGAAAGGAAACGAAAAGAGGCAGCAAAGACAUGGAAGCGCAUUAUCCUAAGCGCCCAUAUACCCAAUGACAAUACACAUCAAAUACCUAAAUGUGCAAAAACCCACAGACACAGAUUUUACGUAGAGCUAGAGGUGUUUGCUAGAGUAUUUAGAGUCCGGAACCAGAAGCCGGACGGUUCAGAUGGAAUCAAUUAGAGAGUUAAGCUGUCUGAGCUGGUAUUUAAAGAAAAAAUAAAACACACACGCUUUAACAUCGUUAGACAAGAAGACAAAUAUCCUCCCUUUGAAAAGGGUCAUUACUGUAGCCACCAUGUUUUCCAUGUCGGCACGAGACGCGCAACGCGAGAAUACUGGUGCCAACUGGGACACUUGGGAGCAGUAUGUGAUUUGCACUUGUUACUAGGACAAUUUGGCAAUGAUUUAUGAUGAUUCGGCUGCAUGCAUUGUUUUCGCUUCUGUGCAUAGUGCGUAGGUAGAGUAGUAUGGGAGGGGAGGUAAAAGACGAUUGAGACGUGGAUUUAUGAACGAGGAUUACCCGGAGCAGUAGUUUGCUAGUUUUAUAGUCCGCAGCGCUGCGAGUUGAAUGCGAAGAAAUGAGCAGACCGAACAUACGUUCGCGUGUGAAUUUGUUCCACCAUUUUUUUAUUGCGCAAUUAGAAGAUGGCCAAAGCUCCAAUACAAGUCCCCACUAGACGUGUUAAACGAAUGUAUGACAAUAAAGGAAUUUAUGAAGCGAGUGCCACGGUGGAGCCGCACCUGGUGCAAUCCCCGAUGUCAGUAUUAGUAAUGCGUGUGUUUGCGUGUUGGAAGGUCGCUUUUGUAAUACUAAAUACCAAACCCACUCUCUCAAAUUGGCAAUAAUGUAUUAAAAAAAAAAGAAGAUAAAAAAACGAACAAAUAUUACUAACAAUUGUUAAGCUCAUCGCGGCUGGUGGAACGAGCCCGAUUUUUGAAUGGAGCAGUUACUGAUUAGGAUUAGAAAAGAGGGUAAGAAAUAGAGAUAGAGAGAGAGAGAGAAUUGAAAUGAAAAUAUGUAAUAUUGUUUUACGAAUGAGAUAAUGUUGUUGAUAAAAUGUGACAAACAUCCGCUAUAUCUACAUAUUUCCUAGCAUUCCCCUUGCUAUAUACUCCAAACUGACAUAACCCCCCGCCCACCUAAACUCGUCAACAGCAUCAGUAGCGCCUGGUAGAAGGAAAAAGAAACGAGUGUCGUAUGCCGAUUAUCAAUGUGAUGCAUAAUCCAUACUAAACAGUAAUAGUAAUAGACUCAAACAAAACCAUCAGAAGCCAUAAACGGUACACUCGAUAACGAUAGAGAAACGACAGUAGAGAGCACGAUAAGAAAGAUGCCAACAGCAGCAACAGCAACAACCACUCAAAACCAUCUACUCCUACAUGUGACAAAGUUACACUCUCCUAGAGAGGGGCUAUUUUAUGCGCAAAACAAAAGUUAAACAAUCUUGGAUAUAUUGAAAUAAAUUCAACGUCAUCAACGUA